AUGACUGUUGAAGCUCCUGUUAAUAUCGAAGAAAAACAAUAUCUUUCGCUUUGUGAAAGAAUCAUCAACGAAGGUGAAGACCGCCCUGAUCGUACUGGAACUGGUACCAGAUCGAUUUUCGCCCCUCCUCAGCUCAGGUUUUCCCUUAAGGAUGACCAAUUCCCAUUGAUCACCACCAAGAGAGUGUUUUCCAAAGGUAUCAUAUUAGAACUCUUAUGGUUCAUUCAAGGGUGCACUGAUGGGAAAAAGCUCUCGGAAAAGGGUGUGAAGAUCUGGGAAGGUAACGGAUCUCGUGAAUACUUGGAUAGCAUUGGGCUUAAAAACAACCGUGAGGGAGAUUUGGGUCCAGUAUACGGAUUUCAAUGGAGACACUUUGGAGCAGAAUAUACCGAUUGUGAUGCUGAUUACACCGGCAAAGGAGUGGAUCAAUUAGCAGAAGUAAUUUACAAGUUGAAAAAUAAUCCUUACGACAGAAGAAUUAUCAUGAGUGCCUGGAACCCCCCAGAUUUCCCAAAGAUGGCUUUACCUCCAUGCCAUGUCUUUAGUCAAUUUUACGUCAACUUUCCAAAAGAUGGCGGUAGACCUCAACUUUCAUGUCUUUUAUACCAAAGAUCUUGUGACAUGGGUCUUGGGGUGCCGUUCAAUAUUGCGUCGUACGCAUUGUUGACCAAGAUGAUCGCCAUGGUUUGUGACAUGGACUGUGGGGAAUUCAUUCAUACUAUGGGAGACGCCCAUGUUUAUAAGGACCAUAUCGAUGCUUUGCAAGAACAAUUGAAACGUGAGCCUAGAAGCUUCCCGAAAUUGAAGAUUAAAAGAGACGUGAAGAAUAUCGAUGAUUUCAAAUUUGAAGACUUUGAAAUCAUCGAUUACAAUCCUCAUGGAAAGAUCAACAUGAAGAUGAGUGUAUAA